UUAGGCAUUUUUCUUUACAUCAUGUUAUUUUCUGAUUUCAGAAAUUUCAUCAGACAAUAUAGAUUACGUAGAUUUUAUACUACAGAAGUAAAUGAAAAUGAGCCCAUCAAAUUCUCUACGAGCAACGCUGCAAAGAAAACUGUACAAUCAGUAUUUAGAAAAACAACAUCAGAAAGCAUGCCUUGGUAUCAGCCAUACAGCGUGGUAGGAAGUGUAGCAGUAUUCCUCAUUUACUUCUGUGUCCUUAGAGAGGAAAAUGAUAUAGACCUUGAGUUUGAUAAAACCUUAUACGAUAGAAUACAAGGAUUGGAAAAAGAACAGUUAUUACAAAGCUACAGGUAUAACAAGGAACAUGGACAAAGUGUAGAAGACAUAGAGAGAAGAUUAAAAGAUCUUGAGGCAGAAGAGGCAAAACUUGUAGCUUAGUUCAGGAUAAACGUUAAUAUUGUAGGCAAAGUUAAAUAAAUAUUGCACAAGUU